AAAACAACCACAAAAAUCCAAAACAAAAAUCAAGGCCAGAAGAAAAUUUACUCGCUCACUUUCGGAAGGGGUGGAUCUGUUUUGUUUAAACGAAAGGACAUAAAUUAGACGCGCGCGAAUACCGGACUGUUUGAACAUGGCGUUUGGAAGAAAUUAGCCCCAUCGAUCAACGGGCUUGGUUACUGAAUGAAUGUACACGAAUCUUCCCUCGAAUGAAGACGCCAAUGUAUACAGCUGGUGGGAAGAUAUUAAACGGUGCACCAGAUCAGCAAGUGUGCUUGGGAACUUUCUAGAAGUAGAAACGAAUGGAAUUUCGCAAUGGCUUUUUCAGGCCCAAAUAAAGAUAAUAUCCGAGCAGGAUGCAAGAAAUGUGGAUAUCCUGGCCAUCUGACCUUUGAAUGUAGAAAUUUUGUCCGUGUGGAUCCCAAAAAAGAUAUUGUUUUAGAUGUCAGUAGUACCAGCAGUGAGGACACUGAGGACGAAGAAGAGCUUCGGCAACUGCAGGAUAUCAUUAACAAAAAAGAAACAAAAGAAGAUGGUGAAAAGAAUGAUCAUCAUAAGAAAAAACGGAAGGAGAAGACAAGAGAUGAAUGUAGAAAAAGAUCAUAUUCAUCUAGUGAUGACACAAGUGAGAAAAAGAGCAAGAAGCAAAAAGUUCUUAAAAAGAAAAAGAAAAAUAAGAAGAAAAGCAAGCACAAGAGUCACAAACACCGCAAAAAAGUUAAGAAAAAUGAAAAGCACUCUCCCUCCUCGUCAGACAGUUCAACUUCCUCUUCAGAUAGGGAUUAAUUAUACAGUGUUAAAAUCUCUUGGUUGUUCCAGAAUACUGUUUCUUUUCAAUUUUUUUAAUGUGCAGGUCAUGGCUCGCCAUAUUUGUGAAUAUUUAGUUGGGUCAGAGAAAACAGAAUAUUCAACCAUGAUGAGCAAUGUGCAUUAUAAUACUUUGAACAACAAUGUCAACAUGUAUUUAUAGCACCGAUGACAUCACGUGAAAAAUGUUGAAACAAUUAUUGGACAACUGGACAAAAAUGCUAUUUUAAUAAAAACCAAAAGAGUUCUGAGGAACGAUCACCAGACCCGAAAUUUUAAAUCUUAUUUCACUUCACAAAUGCUGCCAGACCUUGCUAAGGUUUUCCAGCAACUUCUGUUUUCGUGACUAUUUUAAUGAUGCCUUAUCAAGAUUACUGUUCUUUUCUGAUGUAUCAAUUACCAUUUGGUGUGUUAUAUAAAACAACAUUCAGUAGUAUUUCAAUGUUGUUAACACGUAUGUAAUCGAAUCGUCUAUAUAAUGACUUAUUCGGCUGAUUUAUCUACAGGUUGUGAUGUCAUUUUCAGAAAAGGGAAGAUGGUGGCAUAGUUGGCGCUAUACUAGCAAUCCAGACAUCCAAACUAAGGCUCUAAGGACAUAGAUUUGAUUCCCACCGUGGAAAGUGGUGGAGUUUAAAUUCAAUUCAUAAAUCUGGAAUUAAAAGCUCAUUCUGUAAUGGCGCCAUGAAACUGCUGUUGAUUGUUGUAAAACCAUCUGAUUUACAAAUGUACUGUAUGCGUGGAAAUAUGCCAUCCCUAGUUGGUCUGGUCUACAAGUGACUCCAGAUCCACAACAAUGUGAUUGUCCCUUAACUAGACUCUGCAAUUGCCCAGCUUCCCACUCAAUUGAAAGGCAGUUAAGGAUGGAUAACAAAUGCUGGCUCACAUUCCACGAAUUUUUUUUUUAAUUUCCUUUGUAAAAUCUUUCUAACAAUCUGUUUGUUUUUCAAAAAUUUCAAUAAAUGUACAUAUUGCUUCA